GUCCGCUCGCUCUCAAUGCCAUUUUUGUUUCUCUUUUUCCUAGAUUAUUUGUGCCGAUUAGAGGACAACAUCUACAGUAUUGACUUCACCAAGUUCAAGAUCCGUGACCUAGAGACUGGGACGGUGCUGUUUGAAAUCGCCAAACCUUCAGCUUUAGACCAAGAGGAUGAUGAAAAUGAGGUUGGAGAGGUGGACGCCAGUGCAGGGCGCUUUGUUCGCUACCAGUUCACUCCCGCCUUCCUGCGUCUCCGGACAGUCGGUGCAACGGUGGAGUUCACCGUGGGGGACAAACCCGUAUCCAACUUCCGCAUGAUCGAGAGGCACUACUUCCAAGACCGGCUUCUCAAGAAUUUUGACUUCGACUUUGGCUUCUGUAUCCCCAACAGCAGGAACACUUGCGAGCACAUAUACGAGUUCCCCCAGCUUUCAGAAGACCUCAUCCGCCUGAUGAUUGAAAACCCCUACGAGACGCGCUCGGACAGCUUCUACUUUGUUGACAACAAGCUGAUCAUGCACAAUAAGGCCGACUACGCCUACAAUGGGGGCCAGUAGCCUUUGCCGUGGCUUCCUUGAGACAUUGCACUACCCCUGGUCGCCCCAGGGCGUGCGGGAGAGGAGCCAAAGAGGUGUCCCCUGCUCGGGCGCCUCUCUUCCGGAACACCUGGUGCAGUUCAAGACCUGACGUUGAAGGCACUGACAUGGGAACACCCGGGACCGUUUUUUUUUAAAAGCAAGUGCUUCUGGCAGUCCUGCCCUUUCCUGCGUUGUUCCUUCUGUGGCUUCUGCCUGGUUUCCGUUGGUCUCCUGGUCAGCUCACAGGUCAGGCUGAUGGUAAAAUGCCCGUGGAGGUAGCAGUUCUUCUCUCUGGGAGCUCUUGUUCCCUUCCUUCACCCAUUCCCUGGCCCUCUGUAAGUCGAUUUGCCAGUGCCAGACCAUUGCGAGGGACCAGCGAGCCUGGCCCGUCACCGGGGCGGCCUCCAUGGUUCAGCCACGUUGUGACCUUCACAGCCAGUCUCCCCCCUUCCUGCUUCACAAGCCCCACCAGUCAGGGUGGGACUUUAAGUUAAGGAGAUUCUCUCUUAAGUUAGCCUGGUACGGAACACUUCCUCUCCACCUUGCUGUCUUGAACGCCCCAUAAGCUGCUUGGGGCGCUGCCCGGCCCUCUCCGUGGCUUACGCUCCCUGGGCCUCUUGGAUCUGGAGGAGGAGGAGGAGGCGGCCUUUGAAAGGCCCUUCUUCUUCGCAGAAGCUUUGCUGCCUCUGGGCUCCUCUUCCGGCGGUGGCUCCCAUUCCCUUCUGCUCUUCCCUGGGGAGAGGACAGGAGAAGAGCUAGCAGGAGGGGGGGGGAAGGGCUGGAAGACCGUGCCAAGUAUCAGGGCAGCUCUUCUAGAGUUUCCUUCUGUAUGCGUUGAAAAGGUCAGAAAGCCUAAAACGUAUUAAGAAAAGGGUAGUUUUAUCCUGCUGGCAUUACCUGUCGUGGUCCGCAGGGAGACAAGGGACUUGGCCCUUAAGAGUGGCAGCUUCGAGGUCUUUAUCCAGACUCCCCCAGUUUCAGUGGCUCUCUAAAUGUGUGGCCAAGGGCACCCACCAGCUUUUGCCAUUUGAACACGGUUGCGCUUGUUGCUUAGGUUCAUAGAGGUGCUGAGAAUGGACACACUGACCAGCACCCGAGCCAUUGAGACAGGAGCCCUGCCCUCUUGGCCCCCAGAGGCCCUCCUGAUCUUCCCCUUCUCAGAAUCCUCCUUGCCGUGAUUCAGAGUGAAGGGCCCACUUGCUCGGCCACAAGAGAAGGAGCAGCGGGGGGGGGGG